GUUUAAAGAAAGACGAAAACAUGGAGAGUUGUUGACGCAGAGAGUUACUUAGAUGCUUCACCCAAGAAGAGUCCUCAUAAAAUCAAAGCAUCUCUCUUCUUCCUAAACGUCGACGAGAGGAGAGUUCUUGGCGCCAUUAAGAUUCAGAAGAUGGAAGAGAUUGUUUUUGAAACAAAAGAUGCAGUUGAUUGGUCAUAUAGAAGCGAAGGAGUUGUUAAUUUGGUUCUCGCUUACUCUGGAUCAUCUCCCACUUUCUUGGGAAAGGUGAUGAGGAUAAAAAAAUUACGAAACACUAGGAAUGAAAAUAGAGACCGAAGUGGAAGUUGUCUUACGACCCAGGAAAAGCUUAUUUGGGGAGAGAUUAAGGAUCUUGUAUCUUGCCAAAACAAGGAGAUUGUGGACUAUUUGUUUGUCAAACAUGUCAUGAAACCUUUGUUGGGUCACAAAUAUGUUACUCCUGGAAUUUGCCUUCCUGUAGAAAAGGAGUUUCUUGAGUCUGUUAAGAAGAUAGUGACGUCUCAGCGUCAUUCUUGGCGAGCUAAUACACUCAGUGUGGAUACUAACCGCAGUUUCGCGCUUCUCAUGGAUGAUUUGACCAUUUUCUCCCAUGGUCAAGUUGAGGAUCAUAAACCAUGCUUAACUGUUGAAAUAAAGCCCAAAUGUGGAUUUCUUUCAUCUUCAAGUUUCAUAGCGGAAGAAAAUGUUAUCAAGAAGAGUAUAAGUCGCUUCGAAAUGUACCAAGUUCUAAAGCUUAGGGAAAACCAGAUAUCACAAAUCAGUGAAUAUGAUCCCUUAGACCUUUUCUCUGGAUCCAAAGAUAGAAUACACAAAGCAAUAAAAGCGCUCUACUCGACUCCUCAAAACAGUUUACAAGUGUUCUUGAAUGGUUCUCUAGUAUUUGGAGGCUUCCGUGGUGGUAUAUGCAAAACAACCUCAAAGCUUGAAUUAGCUUUUGAGCAUACACUCAAAGAUUUCUUCAAAACCGAAGAUGACUGCGGCCUACGUGCAAAUGCUUUCAUAGAGCUUGUUGCAGAAACUGUUUACGCAUCUGGAGCUUUAGAUCAGCUUCUUGAGGUUCAAAAGCUUGACAAAUAUAACAUCGAGGGAGCGAUUCACGCGUACUAUGACUUAGUUGACCAGCCAUGUAAAGCGUGCCAAGAGUUGGAAAGUAGUAAAUUAUCGAAUCAGUUUGGUUCCAUGCAUUCAUUGCCACAGGAUGAGAAAGUAAAUAUUUUGAAGGAUUUUCUAAUAUCUUCCACUGCUAUAGAUUGUAGUGUAAUGAUAAGUUUUAGACCAAUAGAGACUGGGCUCUCAAGAUCCUCUUCCCACGGUAACAUUCAACUUGAAUCAACAAAGCAAGAAUUUGAGUAUAAGAUACACUUCAUUGAUCUUGAUAUGAGACCUUUAAAGAGAAUGGAAGCCUAUCACGAAUCAGACAAGAAGAUCACAAAAACAUACCAGGAGAUGCUCAAGAAGAAGAAAGGAGAUCAACCUCGGCGCUUCUAGAACUACAAAGCUAUAAGAAUCAGAUUUCAUAUCUCAUAAGAGUAUUUUAUGUUUCGUAACAAUUUCCUACUGUUUUCACUUGUAUCAAUUCAUAAGACUCAAUCUAAGCAUUAAAGCAUCAUGUUAACAAAUCCAAGGAAAGGGGAAUACAUGUAUGUACUAUGUUUGUUUUUAAAAUGGUUAUUAUAAAAUAAGUUGAGA